AUGCACUCACAGCCUGCACUGAACGCGGCCGUCGAGGCUUGGAUUGGCCAUAUCAUUAACGCCGGCGACCAAACCGUCACCACGCCCGACGGACUCGAUUCACCGUCAAACAAGCGACAACGCCUAGACUUCCGUAACGAUGACCUUGCUGCGCUACCUCGAACUGACCAUCGUCCUCAUCCAGGUCGAGAUCAGACCAUGAGGGAAGCCAUAUCCAGCAACACCGCUGACACCAAUGGCACAUCGCGAUCGGGAAGAAGCAGUCCCCGCAAGAAAGAGGUCGCACUUCGCCAUGCCCUCGAUUGGCCUAUCGCCCGCGUCAACAUUGCCCAACUUAAGUCGGCCCCUGCCGUGUUGGAAAGCCUGGCUUUUGAUCUGAAGAAGAUCACUGAUGGCAGGCAAUGUCUGAUCCCCGACAUGUUCUAUGAAUGUAUGAGCGCCAACGCCGGCAUUUUUGACCAGCCGCGCCCGGAGUGGUUCUACACUGCGACAGAGGGACAAGAAGAGCUGAGAGCAUUCCAUCGUCAGAUGCAGAGGAUCUGCCGGAAUAGUCUGAAGUGUAAAGAUCAGAUGGAAUAUGAGCCCGCGUGGAACGAUCUGGUGCAUUGCCGUGUCCUGGAGGAAGCUCUCGAGGGCCAAGAUGCCGUAGACUUCCGGAAUAUCAGGCUGUGCCGCACGCUCGAGGCAUUCUACGAUGGCGACCCUAUGCUAAGGGAGAGCGAGGUGGACUACGGCAUCUUUCUCCAGCCUGAGCGAGAAGGCGACAGGCUCUCUGAAAACCUCUCGGACCUCGCAGGCGAGGGCAUCGACCUCACCCACUUCACCCUCAGCGACUUCGGUCCGACCCCGCUGGCUAUCAGCAUCAAGACUAAAACUCUUCAGGCCAGGCCGGACGAGGGCUCCGUGCAACUCGCCAACUGGGUGCGCGCCCACUUUCGACAGCUUGCCAAGGUCUUUGAGCGUCGUGGCCACGACCCGUAUUACCGACUACCCGUCCUCCCCAUCAUCUACGUGUACGGCAAUAUAUGGCGAGUGGACUUUGCGCGUCGCUUGGAACGGAAGACCAUGAUAUAUGAGGGGAUAUGUAUCGGCGAUACGCACACCGUGUACGGGUGUUAUCAGGUCUGUGCAGCCAUUCGGCGGCUUGCCAUUUGGGUCGAGGAGGACUUCCGGGGAUUUUGGUCCAGCGCUGUAGAGCUGCCCACGCUGCCCAAUGCUCUAUGGCCGGCACCCUCUGUCUAA